AUUUCGUUUAAGAUAAAAAGGCGAUUUACUAACGCCUUUUGCCUGUAGUUGUAGUCAAAAGCGUAGAAGAAAAACAUAAAACUAAGCGAAUUGAAAGAAACUUACUUAAGUAAAACAGCAAAAUAAGUUAAAAGUUAGAAGUGACUUGAAAGUGAUUUACAAAGUAAAUUUCUACUCUAGCAAAACGCUAAAAGUUGGAAAAAUCUUGUUAAAACAGUUACAAAAUGAAAUCCAAUAAAAUAAAUGUUAAAACCGCUUUAACUUUUAAGUAAGGAAGGAGAAAGAAGGACAGCAAGCAAAGUGUGAAAACGUGCGUAAAAGUUUCGGCUUUUUUGUUUUGAUUCUUAUCAGUCGGCGAAGCAGGCGCCAAAGCAAGCGAAGCAAUGAACAUCCAAGUCAAAACAAAAUGGAAACAGAGAGAGAGAGCCCAAAUGCGCGCGCUCCAAUAAGAGCAUUCUCUUCUCCCCAAUGGGAGCUUUUAUUUUCAUUUCAUUCGUGAGCGAGCGAUUGCUUUGAACGGACGUCUCCGCAUGCCAAGCUGCCAUUCGAAAGGCUUUUGGCGAAAAACACGCGACUCCAUAAAGAAUAAUAAUAAUAUCAAGAGCAAAAAACUAAUUAGAUAUUGAUGCGAUUCGAGCUAAAGCUGAUGAUUAUCGCCUGUUGCAUUCCAAUUGGAGCUGCUCAUCCAUACCAUUCCAAUCGGAGUUCCACUUCCAUUCCGAUCCGAAUCGCGCGCGUUUUUUGCCGCGCCGAUCGUUAAAAAUUCAUUAAGUCUUGUUAAUCGCCGUCAAUAAUACAAAUAAUACAAAUAAUCGCAUUGAUUGCCCAUAAUUGAUACUCGACGUGUGUGUGAGAGUGAGUGCCUGUGUGUGAGUGCGAUUGCAUCCGCCGGUAAAUGUUCGCGAAAAGGGAAACGGAUUUGGAUCUUCCGCAAACUUGAUGCCGACGUAGCUGCACAUAUAUCUCAGUCCCGCAGCUGGACUCGAAAUGUCACGACGCAAACAGUCCAACCCCAAGCCGUUGAAUAAAGGAGAUUGUUCCGAUACCACAGAAGAGAUGACCGUCGACAGUAGAGAUUCCAAAGAUUUGACCGCCCAAGAGAUGGGCGUGGAGAAGCAGGAGCAGAUGGAGGAUGAACUGGAGGAUCAGCUGGAGGAUGCCAGGGUCCACCAGACGAACAACAACAACAACAAUAACAAUAACGAUGAAGGCGAUGAAGAUGGUGACUUCGAUCAGCCAGAAGAGGCUACUGCCGAGCAGGAUCAGGACUUGGGGGAGACAGAGAUGGAUCACCAGUCGGAGGAGCAGAAUGAAGCGGUGGCCAACAGUCCUAGCACUCCGCCCCGGAGUCCCUGCUCCUCUCCCCAGCUGAUUCCCAAGCUGGAGCAGCCCUCCACUCCGCCCUCGGAGGCGGAACCUUCUCCAUGUCCCUCGCCCAAGUUCCCCAAGGUGCGUUUGAAUGCGCUCCUGGCCUCGGAUCCUGCCCUCAAGCCCGAUGCCAAGGAGCUGACCCUGCCGGACUCUCGUCUGCUGGCUCCGCCGCCGCUCAUCAAGCCGGAGAACCAAGUCCCACCGGAGUCGGUGGUGGAACCCCUGCUGAAGCCAGCCAGAUUCAUGUGCCUGCCCUGCGGCAUCGCCUUCAGUUCGCCCUCCACCCUGGAGGCGCAUCAAGCCUACUAUUGCUCCCAUCGCAUCAAGGAUACGGACGACGCGGGCAGUGAUAAGUCCGGAGCAGGAGGAUCUGCAGCAGGAGGAUCUGGCGAGGGGGCAGGCUCAUCAUCGGCAGAGCCGCCAGCCAAGAUGGCCAGGACAGGAAAACAGUACGGCUGCUCUAUACCACUUUGA